AUGAGGCUCACUAUCCUAUCUAGUGGCUGCUUUCUAGGCUCAAGGGUCGAUACUCCAGCCCCCUAUCUAAAGGUUAGCCUUUCUCGAGUUUCUAGGCUCAAGCUAUUAGCUGGGUUCGAGACUCAAGGAAUUGUUGACGAGACUAACUCAACUUCUAGGCUCAUGUGGCUCGCUAGCCUAUAUAACUUCACCUAUCUAACUGAAGGAACUCGUCCAAGGAAGACUUGCUCAAUUGGUGUUCAGUUCUACUUUCCUUCGGUGCUCGCUGCUUUGAAUCUGGAAAUAGGAAAGAGUGCGAGUCACUAUUUGACCACUAGAGAGGCUAGAAAGCCAUAUAUCCCUAGCAAGGAGACUGGGUCUAGAACGAGGAUUGAGGCUUUAAGGGCAGCUGCAGGCCCGCGGGGGACGAAAGAAAAGGAAUCCAUUAAUCGAAACUGGGCUUAA